AUGAAGCCGACGGGCAAGGGCAACAUUUCGAUGCCCAUCGCCGCGCCCAAGAACUCCAAGCCGGAGAAGAAGGAGCAGCCCAAGGUCGUUGCCACCAACAAAGCAAAGCCUCAGACUUCAAAAGCUUCGAACUCGAAGCCGGCAAAGCCUGCCAUGCAAAUCCACGACGUAUCUCUGCGGCCGGACGAGCACGAUCUCGAGCAGGUCGAUUCUGGGAUCGUCGAAGAGCCCGAGGAGGCCGGCGCCUACCCGGAACCGGUCGAGGCUGGAGACGACGAGCCGGACGAGGUUCUAAAGGAGGACAAAGAAGCUAUUCUGAGGGCCGCCGAUCCGACCGUAGCUGACGACUCAGCUGAUGGUCAGCAGGGCGACGCGCCCAACGAAAGUGUCAUCCUGGAGCAAGUUUACAUCAAAACUGACGAAACCCCGGAAAAAGAGGACAAGGUUUUGCCGGAGAAUCUGAACGACUACACGAUGCUGGCGAUGGACAUCUCCGAAACGGACAAAGUUGAAGAGCCGGGAGCUGGCACCGCCGCUGAAGCUACGGACGUCGCCGAGAUUUCGAUUAUUACGCUCAGCGAUGACGAGGACGAGGAGAUGGAGACGGGCAAGGUUGACGGCGUGGUGGAGGAGGACAGGGUGGACAACGCGAUGGAGCAGGCCAAAAUUGACGUGGAGCUGGAGACGGUCAAGGUUGACGAGGAGCUGCAACUGGGCAAGGUUGACGAGAAGCUGCAGCUGGGCAAAGUGGACGACGUUGUGGAGCAGGUCAAAAUUGACGAGGAGCUGCUGCAGCUCGCUAAGGUUGACGACGAUGACUUGGAAGAGGACAACGCUGGCGAGGACGAAGAGGGCGAAGCCGCCGACCAGACGGUGCUCUACCUCGACCAGCUCUUCAACAUCACGCAGUGCCCCAUCAAGGACGGCGGCGAGACCGAGGAGGACGAGCUGGCCCGGCUGGAGAAGAAACGCGUGCGGGAACUGGCCGGCGCGAAAGCGGUCACCUACGACCCCGUCGUGGAGUUUGUGCAGUACGAGCGGACCGACGAGUACUUACUACAGGAACAUUUUGCCGCCAUCUCGAAACUGCCUGCACACCCUUUCGCCGAGAUCGGGAUGAAGCUGGAUGAUGAACGCCCAUCGACGUCAAGGGGCUCGGCCCAAGAAGAUGACGACGAUUCGCUCAUCAUCCUCGACGAUGACGACGAGUUCGAGAUGCCGUCAAUCGAUGAGACCACCGAUUUCGAGGAGAGCGUCCUCGACCAGACGACGUAUAUGGACGCCUCGGACACGUCGAACACGUCGGAUGCAAGCACAUCGAAGAUCGAGGAGGAAAUCGCGCCGGCAAGCCCGCGAAGAGCCGAAGUUUCGCAAGUUUGCGCCCCGGUCGCCUCGACACAUGAUAGCCAUGUCGUGCAAGAUACAAUCGAAGGACUUAGGUCACGCCUAGAGAUCACCCAGCAUCUGCUGGCGCGCGAGCAAGAAGUCCGGAAGCGCACCGAGGAGUGGCUGGCCGAGGAGAAGCGACUUCGCGAGAAGUUUGAGAUGGAAAACCAACGGAUGCUGCGAUCGCUUACCCGACGAGUCAUCGAAUGCAAGGAGCUGUCGAUGGUGUUGAAGCGGAAAUCGCAAGAGGAUCCCUGCCCGUGCUCGCUGAAACAGCCGUCCCCGUGUCUCGCCUCCAGCUCGUCGUCGUCGAUGAACGACACGAACGGCUCCUCGUCCUCGCCCAGCUCGUCGAUGGACCAGUCGCGCGGCUCCGCCAGCAUGGUCGACGCCGGCACGCAAAUGGCUGAGAACGAUGUGCCACCCAAAUCUUCAGCUGCCACCCCCAAAAAGUCUUCGAUCAGGAAGCAGCCACCAAGGAAAGCGUGCCCGCCUCCGGUCUAUCGUCGCAUCACACGAUACCGAGCCCGUCUCGACGAGCACACGGAAAGCCAGGACGAGUCGUUUCAGGAGAGUGGACCCUCGACGCCGCUG